GUCCCAUGUUAUUAGUAUUAGUAGUACUUGCAACUCUCUCUCUCUCUCUCUCCACCUACCACAACUCAUUUCAUUCACCGGAAAAUCAACACCAACCAGUAAUCGUAGUCUCCGCCGAUUCUCCCCCGAUCUCUCCGCCAUGACUUCCGGCGAACUCCUCCAGAUACACCCUCAGGAGCUGCAGUUUCCUUUUGAAUUGAGGAAGCAGAUCUCAUGCUCUUUGCAAUUGUCUAACAAGUCAGAUAAUUAUGUAGCUUUCAAGGUUAAGACUACAAAUCCAAAGAAGUAUUGUGUUAGGCCUAACAAUGGAGUUGUAUUGCCUAGGUCUACUUGUGAUAUUACAGUUACAAUGCAAGGCCAAAAGGAGGCACCUCCUGACAUGCAAUGCAAAGAUAAGUUUCUCCUUCAAAGUGUAGUUGCAAAUGCUGGAGCAACGGCAAAAGAUAUCACUCCUGAAAUGUUUAAUAAAGAGUCUGGCUAUGAGGUUGAAGAGUUCAAAUUGAGAGUUGUUUAUGUUGCUCCUCCUCAACCACCAUCCCCAGUUCGAGAAGGAUCUGAUGAAGAAUCGUCUCCUCGAGCAUCUGUAUCAGAAAAUGGACAUUCAAGUGCUGUGCAAUUUCAGGCUUCAAAAGCUUUCAAUGAACGGGUUGAACAGAAGGAUACUUCAUUUCAGGGAAGAACGCUUAUUUCAAAGGUAACUGAGGAGAGGAAUUCUGUUAUUCAGCAAAAUAAAAGGCUUCAGCAAGAAUUGGAGCUUUUAAGGCGUGCGGCCAAGCAAACCCGCGGCGGUAUACCCUUUAUGUAUGUAAUUGUUGUUGGCUUGAUUGGCCUCAUUUUGGGUUUCCUAUUGAAGAGGACGUGACGAUUCCAAGAUUUCAUCAAAAUGAUCAAAAUUGUAGAAAGCAUUGGGAAGAAAAAUGUGUGAUAUGGAAAAACCAAUUAUAUUGUCAUGUUGUCUUGUAUUGCUCCUAGAAAUUUGGAAUGUGUGAUGGGAAAAUAGAAAUCUUAGACAUUAGACAGGUAGAUUCAAUCUAUAUCAUGGGAUAUGUGUUGUUAUUUGAUGUGAUUAUUUUUAGUUGCUUCUAUUUCUCACCUUGCUCUUCUUUGUUUGUGUUGUUAUGGACACAAUGAAAAUGAGACUAUAUAAUAAUUGAAUAAUUUAUACACA